AUGUGGGAAAAUAUCAAACCGAUGCAUCUUGCAUUUCAAGCACACCAUCGACAUGUUAUAACCUGUUUGCAAUUUGAUACCGACAAGAUUAUAGCUGCUAGCGACAAUUCCAAAGUCAAUGUAUAUGACAUCAAGACUGGGGCCCUUCGAGCAAAACUGGAAGGCCAUGAAGGUGGUGUAUGGGGACUAGAAUUUCACGGCAAUACUCUGGUCACUGUGUCGACGGAUAACUCCGUCCGAGUAUGGGACAUUGCGAGAGCCGAGUGCACCCAUGUAUUCCGAGGUCAUACAUCCACAGUACGGUGCGUACAGAUAUUGCUCCCAGUUGAAAUCGACCAGUAUCCAGACGGUUCACCAGUGAUGAUGCCCGAGCAACUUCUAAUAAUUUCGGGAUCUCGUGAUUCGACCAUGCGGGUUUGGAAACUUCCUCAACCUGGCGACCCGAAGUAUCUCCCUCCUGCUCCAACCGAUGAGGAAUGUCCAUAUCUUAUCCGUAUAUUGAACGGUCACCACCAUUCUGUGCGAGCACUUACGGCAUAUGGGGACACACUGGUCAGCGGUAGCUAUGACUGUACCGUGCGAGUUUGGAAAAUAUCCACUGGAGAAUCACUACACAAGCUGGAGGGGCAUACAUACAAGGUUUAUAGUGUAGCUUUGGACCAUAAGAGGAACCGCUGUAUCAGCGGAGCCAUGGACCACACGGUCAAGAUCUGGUCCAUCGAGACAGGCGCAUUGUUAUAUAAUCUCGAAGGUCACACGUCGUUGGUGGGAAUACUUGAUUUGAAAGAAGACUGGCUCGUGUCGGCAGCUGCAGACGGUACCCUUAGAGCUUGGAAUCCCGAGAAUGGUCAUUGCCAAAGCGUGUUCGACGGCCAUACUGGAGCGAUCACAUCCUUCCGACAUGAUGGCCGAAAGGUAAUCUCCGGUUCCGACAAGAAUGUGAAGAUGUGGGACCUAUGGACUGGCGUAUGUGAAAGGGAUCUUCUCACCGACCUCAGCGGUGUCUGGCAAGUCCGGUUUGAUGCUCAGCGUUGCGUUGCAGCAGUUCAACGCGGAGCCAUGAGCUAUAUUGAGGUUCUCGACUUCGGUGCAUCGCCUGACACUAUACCAUCGGACCGGUUGGGGAAGCGGGCUUUAGUGAAUAAGCUAGGCGAGGAGAUCGAAGGUUCAGAGGAACAUGUUGACCUGCAUGAUUAG